AUGGAAGGAGACGAGGCAGGGGUGAGGUCAGCACUUGACAGGGGUACCCGGCCCGAGGUCACCGUCCCCACUGAUGCUGGGGAGUCAUGGAGUCUGCUGACUGUGGCUGCCUUCAAGGGCCACGAGCACCUGCUGUCUCUCUUACUGCAGGCAGGGUUAAGCAUAGAAGGUGGAGGCACCACUGACAUUACACCGCUGAUGAUGGCUGCCCAAAAUGGCCACGCCCAUACAGUGAAGGCGCUGCUGGACCUCCGUGCAGUGUGUGGCGGCCCUCUUGCCCGUCACCCCUCCCACUCCCGCACACCUCGAGGCAUACACCCCGGUGCCACCUCGCCAGUUAUCGUGGCCACGUGGAGGUACUGGAGCAGCUGGCAGGUGCUGGCUGGCCCCUCACCGCCAGGGACAGUGAUGGCAACACACCCAUGCACUCUGCUGCGGCCGGGGGUAGAGGUGACAUGUGUGCAGUGGCUGGUGCAACGAGGCGGUGACACAAGCAUGCAAAAUAAUGCUGGACACACCUCGCUUGACAAGCAGUGUGUGGCGGCCCUCUUGCCCGUCACCUCUCCCACUCCCGCACACCCCGAGGCACACACCCCGGUGCACCUCGCCAGUUAUUAUGGCCACGUGGAGGUACUGGAGCAGCUGGCAGGUGCUGGCUGGCCCCUCACCGCCAGGGACAGUGAUGGCAACACACCCAUGCACUCUGCUGCGGCCGGGGGUAGAGUGACAUGUGUGCAGUGGCUGGUGCAGCGAGGCGGUGACACAAGCAUGCAAAAUAAUGCUGGACACACCCCGCUUGACGAGGUAGGCAGUGCGGAGGGGCAGGAGGGUGGACGUAUGCAAACUGUCUUACGAUCUGGUUCAAAGUUUAACAGAUAG